GGAGGACUGAGCAGCUGUGUCUGUCACUGUCAUCCUCUACUAGCCACGUGAAGUGGCACAAAUACUAGGUCACUUCUCUCCACUCACAACUCUAAAGAUCCCACCUUUUUUAUCAAAACAAACACCCCUUCUUCUUAACAUGUUCUUCUAGGGUUUCUUCUUUGUUCUUCAGAAUUCCAAAUUAAGGAACAAAAAGAUAUGUUUUUGUUCAAUGCUAAUGACUCCAUCUCUUUCCCUGACCAUUCUUUUCUCCACUUUCCUUCUCCAUUUCAUGAUGAUCCCACCCUUCAUGUUCUUCAACAACCUCAAAAUGACAUUUUGCUUCAUCAAAUUCUAUUGAAUGAACCUCCAUCAAAUUUCGUAAGCGAUUUUGGAUCGGAAUCAACGAGAAUUAUUGUCGAUGAUGAACACCAUCAUCGUGUUCAUCAAAGCCUGAUCAUCGAGCAGCCGAAUCAAAGAAAACAGGCUUCUUCAAAGAGGGAUAGGCAUAGUAAAAUCGACACGCUUCGUGGACCGAGAGAUCGUCGAAUGCGACUCUCGUUACCGGUGGCUAGGGAAUUUUUUGGUUUACAGGAUAUGCUUGGUGUUGACAAAGCUAGUAAAACUGUUGAGUGGUUGCUAUUUCAAGCUAGACAUGAAAUCAAGAAGCUUUCAUGCCAUGACCGCGGUGGCAAUGGCGAUAUGAGGAGUCCAUCCAUUUCGGACGGAGAAGUCGUGUCUGGGAUUGACGAAACGAUUGUCAAUAGUAAAAUCGACAUGAAGGAAAGUCGAAAAGCGACCAAGAAGGAGAAGAGAGGUUGGGUUGCGAGGAAGACGACGUACUACCCUCUUGCGAAAGAGUGUAGAGAGAAAGCAAGAGCAAGAGCGAGAGCAAGAACGAUCGAGAAACAGCUGCAAAGUGGAAAGAAAACGUUGUCAUCGGAUCAAACGAACACAAAUAAGCAAAUUGAAGGAAGAAUUCAAGAUGUUGUUAGAACAAGUUCAUCAUGGAGUACCCAAAUUGAUGAUCAGCAAUUAAGAACAAGAAAUGAUGAAACAGAUGAUGGUUUGAUGAUGAUGGGGAGGUGGAGCCAAGAGCAUCCAUUUGGAGACUUCCAAUUCUUUGGAAAACCAUGGGAGCCCGACAACAAUCAUGGCAUAUGUAGCUGAGAUUCAUCCCUUAAAUACUUUCAAGUGUGUCCAAUAAUGGUAAAGUUUUAGAAUGCUUUGUGUUUCCCUUCCCCUUUCCUCUCUAUUUGGAGUGUAUAAUUAUACAAAACAUCUUCUUCUAUCUCGGACCCGUAAAUAAAAUCUCUUAGAUCUCGUUUGACAACGACUUCGUUUUUAGUAAGCAAGCUUAUAACAUAUAAACA